ACGGUAAUACAGAUCUCUACAUGUGAUCUUUAAACGGCAAUAAUCUGUACUAUAUAAAGCGGUUGGGACUGGAGCACAAUUUAGUGUUAAAUAAAAGCUUCAACGGGUCAAGCGCGCAGACUUUGAAUCAUGAAAACUUCACCCGCCGUAGUACUAGCUUUAUGCUUUGUCAAUGUUUUUGGGAAUUCCAUAACGGAAUUAAAAAAUGGUUCGUCUAGAGUGAAAGUAAAUGUAAGACAAUGUCUAACAGACUAUCACAUUGAUCCUGCGGUCCUUGAACUAGAUAUCGACAGGAAUGAUGAUUUAUAUUCCAAACUAAGUGAGGAAAAAAAGGGAUGCGUCACUGCUUGUGUCUAUAGGGGUUUCAACUGGUUAAGACCAGAUGGAUCUUUGGAUAUCGAUCUGCUCUGUGAAGGUGAGACGCCAGAAGAAUCCGAGGCAGAGAGAAAGAGGUAUACAAAAAUUGUUGCCGAAUGCAGGGCUGAAGUUGGAAAAGACGACUGCAAAUUUUUUAACUGCUUGAACUUAAAGGAUUUGUAAUGUAUAAUCUAUAUGCUGUUUCUUCCAUAUCUGUUGAUUAAUCAUUCGUCAAUAUACUUGGGCGACGACUUGUCUAAAGCUAUUAUGACUUGAUUAAACACUUUUCUGUCCAUUGUACAUAAAUAUUUACAUAAUAUUAAUAUUAAUGAUAACAUAAUAUACAAUUUUCGUUAGAACUGCGAUUUGAUAAGUCACCUACGACGUGUGUAUAAAAUGUGUAUUAAAUAAAUGUUGAAUAUAUA